AAUUGUCCAAUGAAUGUUGUAUGAUAUAAUAUACCGUAAGUUUGCGUUUCGGCCUGGGGCAUCUGGGUGAAAGGAUUCACCACACAACAAAAGUGUUUAAUAGGGAUGCCAGAUUAUGUCGGAUAUACACCAUUAGUCUUUCGGGUGGGGUUCACUGCUUAUCGUUUUUAAAGUAUCGUUUUGAAAAAAGUGAAGAAAACGUACUGAAAAUGGCUCAAUCGUAUAUUAUGUUACCAGAGUGAUAUUGUCUGCGGGAACAAGUGGUUGGCCAAAAUGGCGCAGUCCAUCUACAUGGUGGGGUUCCUGGUGGGGUCCCUCGCUUUCGGAGACAUUUCAGAUCGAGUCGGUAGGAAGAUCGUGUACUUCGGUACGGUGGCCCUGCAGUGUUUCUGCGGCAUCGCGUGCUCCUUCGCGCAUAACUACAUCGCCUUCGUGGUGCUGCGGUUCUUCAUCGGCGCCGCCGGGGUCGGGGCAUACGUCACCGGCUUCGUUCUCGUGUCAGAAGUUGUAGGAACGUCCAAGCGAACAUUGGUGGGUACGUUGGAGUAUGUGUUCUUCGUGCUGGGGUACGUUAUCAUGGGCGGGAUAGCCUACUUCGUCCGCACCUGGAACAUGCUACAACUCAUCAUCUCUCUACCUGGUGUGGUCUGGCUACCACUGUGGUUCUUGGUGACCGAGUCUCCAAGAUGGCUGCUGGCCAAGGGUCGAACGGAGGAGGCGCGCGGAAUUGUGGAGAAGAUGGCUGAACAGAACGGAGUGGACUUUCCCGAGGCCUUGUGGAAUGAUAUGCUGAAAGAAGAGGAUGAGCCGGAAGAGCAAGAGCAGAAAAAGCCAGACUACUUGUACUCAGUACUCGACCUUGUGCGUACUGCCAACAUGGCCAAGAAAUCUCUCAUCAUCUUCAUCAACUGGGCUGUCAUCACCAUGGUCUACUACGGCCUUUCUCUCAACACCUCGAGUCUGGGAGGAGAUGAUUACAUCAACUUUACCGUGUCCGGAUUGGUGGAGUUUCCCGCGCUGGCCGUGUCCAUGUUGCUGGUAGAGAAGUGGGGCAGGCGGCCGUCUCACUGCCUGUUCAUGAUUGGAGGAGGCCUGGCUUGUAUCUCUGUCCUCUUCGUGCCGAAAGAUUUGUCCAUUGUUGCGACUGUUCUCGCCAUGGUGGGGAAAUUUGGCAUCUCUGGCAGUUUCAAUGUGAUCUACAUCUGGUCUGGGGAGCUCUAUCCUACUGUCAUCAGAAACCUCGGCAUGGGCGUGGCGUCCAUGUGGGCCCGUAUCGGCGGGAUCGUGUCCCCGUUCAUCGCCCUCUCCAUGGACGUCUGGGGUCCCCUACCCUACAUCAUCUUCGGCGGGCUGUCCGUGGUGGCAGGCGUCCUGUGCCUCAUUCUCCCGGAGACGCUCAACUUUCCUCUGGCUCAGACCCUGGAAGAAGCCGAGGCCUUCGGAAAGGGUGGUUCGGUGUGUUGCCCGCCGUCGUCUGCCUACAGCCCAGAGGAUGCCGGGACGGCUCACGAGAUGGUCCAAGCCGUGUCUAACAAUGAACCUCCCCGCCAAGAUGAGGCAGACAACAACGCGCAAAAUGAACAAGCAAUGGUCUAGGGAGUACUGUACUGAAUCUAUGUGUGAUAGUUAGCUUGCAGUCACGUGACUAUGACGUAAUUCGUGUACGCCAUAUUGGUUGAUGAUUAAACCAAACUUUCUUUCAUCAUAUAUCAAGCAUGACGUGAGCUCAGACCCAUGCGUGACGUAGACCCAUGCUUUGAUGACGUUAAAGUGUCGAAUAUAACGGAACAAUAUAGAGGUAGUGGUAUCUACCGUGAGUGUUUUUAUGCAAGCACAAGGGACCGACAAGCAGUAUAUAUAUGAAUCGGCUGACAACUAAAACGUCUCUACAGUAGCGAAUCUGUCAGUACUGUAUUGUAAGUAGAAU